UAUAGAUAAGUUUUCUAUCUUCACCCGACAGCCAUGUCCUUGCACAUGCAGACCCAGGUUUUCAAUCACAAGAAACAGGCGGCCCUGCAGGCCUUGAACAAUAACCGGUUACAGCAGGCUCUGGAGCUCUACACAGAGGCCCUGCAAAUAGCAGAAACUCUGCCACAUUUAUGUCCUGAAAUUCCGAAAAUCCUUAGCCAUAGAUCUCUGGUGUACUACAAACUCGCCCUUGAUGACGCCAAUAUGAGCACCAACCUGGACCCAUUUGAGAUUAAAGGGUACUGGAGAGCAGCACAGGCCCACAAAAAAUUGGGACAGGUGGACUGUGCUUUGGACUGCUUCAUAAGAGGAUACAAUGUGUCCGUGAGCCAAGACCAGGAGGAGGAAAUCCUUAGAUUCCUAGUGGAAAUCGUCUUUAUCAUCAUCACGCUCAGAUAUGAUCCCAUAAACCUGAAGAAUUCCAAGAUUCACCUAAGCAGUAUUCAGACACAGAGAAACCUGCUGCAGCGAUUAGCCAGCAGCAACUGUUGGGAGGGGGUCAGUCUGCUGGUGAUGGGGGUCCACGCCGGUCCUCCGAGUACCUUGGAUGCAUCCGCCUCCAGCUGCCCUAUAGAUAAUCUCUCAGUUGGAAAUCUUUUGAAGAAUACCUCUAUAACUCAGCUGAAGAGGUUUGGCGUGGAUUUGGCAGUUUGUCUCUUGAAGAGUGGGGCAUCGUGUGAAGACAUUGAACAGAAGAUGGAGGAACCUGUUAUUCAUGUGGGUCUGAAAGUUGCACUUGAUACAGGAAAGAUCAGUUUGAUAAAACUGAUGUUCAGUCAGUAUUUGAAAACACCAGAGACAAAGGAUGCAUUGAACAGAGAGGGGCGAACAGCGUUUCAUGUGCUGGUGCAUUCUGGGAGAAUCAAUGACUCUAUUGGCGAGACCCUGCUUCGCCUCCUGAUCAACAAUGGCUGUCAAUCAUCCAUCCCAGACAGGAACGGCAAACUUGCCAUUGAUUAUCUCACACCAAAUGAUCUUGGCUUCAGUAUCUUGUCCACCGCCACAAAAGUUGCAGAUAACAUUGUGAGGGAAAAAAUCAUAGAAAUGAAGGAGAAAGGAAACACAGCAUUUAAAAAAAGAGAAUAUGAGGAAGCCUUGAUUUUCUAUAAUCGAGCUAUAUUUAUGGUAAACGGCUAUGAAAAUUUGACUCGCGAAGCAGCAAUAGUGUUGACAAACAGAUCCCUUGUUCACUCUACCCUACAUAAUGUAACAGAGGCCUUGGAAGAUGCUGAAGAAGCAGUCAGGUGUGACCCAACAUGGAUGAAGGGGCACUGGAGAAGAGGCCUAAUCUUACGACAAAAGAAGUUGUUCCAGAAAUCUUUCAGUGUAUUUUUAGAGGGAUAUUACAGUGGAAAUGGCACCCAUUCGGAGAAAUGCAAUAUUCUUGUAGAAGCUGUCGCGUCCUUCUCAAAUAUCACAGAAAAGCAGGAGUUGGAGGCUAGUUACAAAGGUCUAUGUAAAGUUAGCAGUGAAGUGUGGCUGGAGGUCCUGACUAGACUGAGUGCCCGAGGGGAAUGGGCGGCCAUCAGAUACCUGGUCCUGGGCAUAGACUUCCAAUAUAUCAAUGGACAAGUGAUCCCUAGCGGCAUAGCGAAAGAUGCAGAUUUGCAGGGGAUCACGUACGACACACUGUUCCAAUACCUGGAGAGCCAUGAAGACCCCGCUUCCCUCAAUGACUGGAUCACUCCUCUAGUUUUGUUCCUCAUCAUACAGACGGGAGACCUCGGAACCUUACUAAGGUUCCAGUCUUCAGAGGAGGACACCCCUUUCACUGCUGCCGUCAGAUUCUGUGUCCUUACAGAAAACAUUGCGUUAUUACAAAACAUGCCAGACAAUCAAAGGCAGAUGGAAUUUGUGGAUGGUAGAGGGGAUUCCCCUUUCCACAUCCUCUUUAAGAUGUCUCACUGUCCUCAGGGAAAGCUCAUAGCCACCAUAGUAAGGCUGCUGCUCCAGAAGGGCGUGUCUCCAACAGUGCGUGACAGGAGUCAGCUCCUACCUAUUGACUAUGUGAAUCCCAGCAAUAACAAAGAGGUGUAUGGCAUACUGAAGAAAUACACACAGCCCGCUGAAGCAGAAAUACAGGGACAGAAUCAACAACAGGAGAAGCAGAUGCAAACGAAAGAGAACCGUGAAGAGGGGGAGAGGACUCAGCUAGAGAUGGAAGAGGUGGAAAGAAAGAGGCAAAUACAGAACCAGAGAAAGGCCGAGGAGGCAAGGAAAAAAGACCCUAUGAAAAAUUUGACAUUGGAUUCGUAUUGUAAAGAAUAUUGUGAGCCAAGGAUAGAUGAAGCAAAAGCAUUUCUGCAGGAAAACAACAUGAGACAUGCAUAUUUGCGCCUAGCGGAAGUACUUAAGAAAGAUCACAAGCAUGAGAAGCACAAGAGGAUGGAAGAAAUGGCAUUAGAUAUAGUGAUUACCUCCCUCGGGGGAUCAUUCCACCCAGAAAUUCCAGAUAAACUUGCCAAGAUACCGCACAAACUUUAUGAACAGAUCAUCAAUGGUUUAGCAGCCAAUGAGAAGUGGAGACAAAUGUAUUUCACAGUCAAAGAACACAGGCUUCACUACGGAGACUUGUCUCUUCCCAACUUUGCCAAAUCUAUGUCCCUGGCCAAGGUCAUUCGACACUCGUCCUUCCAGGGGUCAGAACAACUCUUGGUUGAUGUAGUAGACUGCAUGCUGAAUGGUGGAGCUGUGUUAGAUAAAGAUGGAAAGUUGGCCAUCCUUGCUGCUAUACAGGCGUGUAAAUUCAAAGUAUUGGAGAUUUUGUUAAAAUGGGGUGCAAACCCAGUCCAUCUCACCAUCAAUCAAGGAGACACACCCAUUCAUGCUGCAUUGUCUAUAGCCCUGGAAAGAGACAAAGGAAAUUUUUCCAUCUUGAACUAUUUCUUUGAUUUGUAUGAGAAGGAUCCAGCGAUGUACCCCAUUUUAGACCCAGCACAGACAAACUCAGAUGGAGACGGUCUAUUCCACUUGGUAGCUAAAGCCAAAUACAGUGCCACUACACAGAAGGCAACAGAACUUCUGUUUGACAAGAAGGUGAAUGCUUCGAUUAUAAACAAAGAGGACAAUCUUCCUAAGGACUACCUCAACCCUACACAGGACAGACGCUUACAGUUCUUUUGGCUUGCAUCACUUGGAGGAGAAGUAAAGCCAAAAAGGAAACAGAAACCUAUAACCCAGAGAAUCAAGGGUCCAAAAACUCAGACAGAAGAUAUAGCAGAAGAUGAGCAAGAUCUUUUGUUGUAUGAAAGACAAGAAGAUAUUUCUUCUAUGUCUGAAGAAAGCCAAGAUAAAAUUUAUAAAACAUUGGUUCCCAGGCAAAAGAAAGCUCUGAAAAGACACAUUGAAGAAUUAAUUUACAAUUUGCCUGAUAUUCCUGAUUCCAUCUUUAAACCAGAAGUGGUUAGGAUGGAUGAGAGUCCAAACUUCCGACAAAGGAAAGAGGCAACUAUAGAAAUGGACAAAUCAGAGGCAGUUGGUCAAGUGGAAGAAGUGGAUGUGCAAACAGUGGAGAAGCCUCAGGAACAUGGAGAGGAGCAGGAAGUGGAGAAUGAGGAUUUAGAGAUUGAUCUUCAAGUCUUUGACAAUUUGGAAUGGGAAGUAGAUUGUACAGCUGAUGUCUGGAAAACACUACGGGACAAAAAAGUUCUCCCUGAGCUGAAACAGAGAAUUAUUAGAAAGAUCCAGCACCUGGCUAAAGGGGAAUGGACCACACAUCUAUGCAAAGAACUGAGAAAUGUUCCACCUACCCUUAAACUGUACGAAGUCAAGCUCAGUAAAGCCAGCAGAAUUAUCUGGGAAUUGGCAAUAGCAUUUUCACCCAGAUUAAGUAAUGAUGCAGAACUGAGGCCACAGUAUGCAGAAGACGAAGCAGAACAGCCGGUCCGCGGGGGGAGGAUUUACUCUGAGGUAAUAAGAGUCUGGGAUAUUGUGUUCGACCUUGACAAGAUGUUUAAGUCUGUACAGCGCAUCAUCAAAUCCCAUUUCAGAGGAGAGGAAUGUAUAAUUCAACAAAAGUUAAAGGGAGUCAAACAGGAUCAAUUCAAGGCAGGGAAUGUUAAGAGAUUCCCAAUGGUCUUUGCUGAGAGUGAUUUUGAUGUGGAUGUUAAUGCCCUGAUAGACUAUCGAGAAAGCUUGCAGAGAUACUUCUCUUAUGAGAGUUCUAUCGAGACCGAUAUCCUAAAAUUCUACAAUUUUGACUCCAACUUGAUUAGCCAUAUUUUGCAUAAUCGUGAGAUGAAUAUUGAUUUCCCGUUUAAAGUGUCAGAUUUGGAACAUGCCAUUAUUAACCUUAAGACGAAUGCUCCAAUUUUGUUGCUGGGUCGCAGUGGAACAGGGAAGACCACUUGUUGUCUGUAUAGACUUUUCAGUCAGUUUGUGUCUUACUGGACUGGUGCAGUCGCUGCCGAUUCCAAACUUCUUCCUAGAUGUCAGAUGUUUCAACAGGAUGAUAAAAGUGUUGAUGUAGAUGAAGAAACCAACUUUGAAGAAGACCAAUCAGCAGGAAAAACAUCCCCCAAAGAAGGGACAGAAAACGAGGAAGAGGAGGGCCAGUUGUAUGAUCAUCUCCACCAGAUCUUCAUCACUAAGAAUGUUGUGCUGUGUAGCGAGGUGCACAACAACUUCAAGGAGCUAAGCCACACCUAUGAUGUGGCCUGGCACUUUGUGUCCCAAGAGGAAAAGCCUCUCCCCAACAUGAUUCAGGACCUAGGGGAUAACCAGUUCCCCAUUUUUAUAACCUUCAAGAAACUGCUACUGAUGUUAGACGCUUCUCUGAAUGGGCCGUGCUUUUUUAACAGGAGGGAAGAAGGAAGCUUAAAGGUUGAGAUCCGGGGGUGGGCAAUGUCAGACGAAGCCUUUAGCACCCUGCCUGCGUUAGAUGAAGGAUCAGACGAUGAAGAUGAUGGGAAAAAUCAGUACCAGAAUGCUGAUGACAAAGAGGAUGACGGCAACAACCUGGAUGUGCAGAAUCGGCCUGGCAAAAAAGUGAAUCCGCGGAGGGAGGUGACCUAUGAAGUGUUUGCAGAGGAAGUUUGGCCCCAAAUCAGCAAGAAGUGGUCAACACGAUACCACCCCUCUCUGAUUUGGAUGGAGAUAAUGUCCUUCAUCAAAGGAUCCGUUGAGGCGCUGUCAAAGCCCUCGGGGUACAUGUCAAAAGAAGAGUACUUGGACUUGGGAAGGAAAAGGGCUCCUAAUUUUUCUUGUGAUAGAAAACACGUCUAUGAUAUUUUCAAGAAAUAUGACCACUACAAGAGACAAAAUAAUUUUUUUGAUGAGUUAGAUUUAGUUCAAAAUGUGUUUAACAGGCUAACUAAAGAUAAAGAGAUGAAGUGGAUUAUCCAUCAGAUUUAUGUGGACGAGACUCAGGACUUUACCCAGGCUGAGCUGUGUCUCCUUCUGAGGGUUUGUCAGUUUCCCAAUGAAAUGUUUCUGACCGGAGAUAUCGUCCAAAGCAUCAAUGGGGGCAUUGCCUUCAGAUUCGAAGACUUUCGCUCUCUCCUUUAUUAUGCCAAAACAUCAAUGCACUCCAUCGGGAAGUUUUCCAGUGUAAAAGUGCCAAAGAAAUUUUAUCAGUUGACCCACAAUUACCGCUCUCAAGCUGGAAUUUUGUCUCUGGCCUCCAGUAUCGAGGACCUUACGCUCGAAUUCUUCCCUGAAUCUUUCGAUCGACUGAAGAACGACCAAGGACUUUUGCAUGGACCUCUUCCUGUCCUUCUGGAGUCCUGCAGCUUAAGUGAUUUAGCUGUGCUUUUACGAGGAAACAAAAAGAAAACUUCCCACAUCGAGUUUGGCGCCAAUCAAGCCAUCCUGGUUGUCAAUGACGAUGCUCGGGACAACAUUCCAAAGGAACUCAGCCAUGGACUGAUACUGACCAUAUACGAGGCCAAGGGACUGGAGUUUGAUGAUAUUCUACUCUACAACUUCUUUAAAGAUUCUCAGGCUUCUAAAGAAUGGAGGGUAGUGACAGAUUUCCUUGAAAAGUUAGCAGCAAUAAAUCAGAGCAAAUUACACAGCUCGGAUAAAUCGGUGUCAAUAAAUGCAGAUAUCCUCAAACUUGGCAACCGUCCUCGACCGUUGGCCUUUGACCCCAACCAACACAAGGUUUUGAACUCAGAGUUGAAGCACCUGUACACUGCAGUCACAAGAGCCCGUGUGAAUUUGUGGAUAUAUGAUGAGGAUCGGGACAAAAGGGCGCCCAUGUUUGAGUAUUUCAAGGCUCGCAAGUUGACAAGGAAUAUUACACGUGCUGAAGCAGAAAAUGACCCCAUUGGAGGGAUGUUUGCGAAGGAGUCUUCCACAAAACAGUGGCUGCAGAGAGGGGGAGAGUUCAUGAAGCACUCCUUGUAUGAGGUAGCAGCCAAGUGUUUCAACCGCGGCAAGAACUACCACAUGGAAAAAAUUGCCAAGGCACACCAGUCAGCACUUUUAGCCUCAAGAAUGAAGGACACCCCUGCAAAAAUGAAAGAAGCAUUGUUAAUGGCAGCAGAGCAAUUUUUGAAAUGUGAGCAACUAGAAAAAGCAGUCAUCUGUCUACAGAACUCCGGAGAAAGAGAACUAGUAGCUCACUUAUAUGAGAAAAUGAAUCAGCAAGAAAAGGCUGGAAAAACUUAUCGUAAACUAAAACGCCCUGUUGAGGCAAGCAGAUGCUACGAGCAGCUAGGAAAAUUCAAUCUGGCUGUGGAAACUCUUGUGGAAAAUGAUCAGUAUGAACUGGCUGUUGAUACACUGACGCGAUACAAAAGUCUUAGAAAGGAACUUGAUCAACAGUUGACACCCCAGCCCAGAAUUCUGAUCGAAAACGCUCCAAGUCGCGAACACACGGUGGAGAGUUUGAGUUAUAAGGCAGCCGAGGCCUAUCACAGCUUCAAAAACAAGGAGAAAAUGAUCGAAGCUUUAGAGCGAUUGCCAGACCUACGGGAGAGAACUGACUUCUUGAUUCGCAAAAACUACAUCGAGGACGCUGCAAAAAUGUUCCAAGAAGCAGGCAUGCUUGCAGACGCUGUAGAUCUAUACACAAAGAAGGGUAUGAACAAGGAGGCUUUGCAGUGUGCUCAGAAAACACAGGACAAAAACGCAAUAGGACAGUGUCUUAUAAUGGACAGCAAGAUACGACUUAGUCAGUAUGAAGACUACGGAGAUAUACAGGAAGAGGUCAAAAGUCAGAUAUGUGAAAACCUAAACAAAGCAUUUUACUCUCUGCAAGAGUUGGAGAACAAGCUACCGGCAGGUGAAGCAGCCCUGUUAACUGGAGAACUAACAGGAAGGUCCGAGUUCAUCAACAGAGCUUUUGGGGCAUUUUCCAAAUCACGACCAAGGUCAGAAAUAGGUCAACUGGAGUGCCUGCAUUGGGUGGUUCACAACUCUGACCUUUAUCAAAGAGAAAAUCUCCGGAAAUGUGUCCUUGGAAUGCAGAAUCUUUUUGUAAAUCUGUUUGUGCUUGCAAAGCAUAAUAUGGAAAAUGAAAGAAACCGUCUUCAAGAAAUUUUUAAAUUCUUUGGAUUUUAUCCUGCAGAGGAAGAGAAUAAACUUGUUUAUUACCCAAAACAGCAACCAAGAGCCCUGUUGGUAAUGUCAAAGUCAAACAGAGAAGUAUUCAGAUGUAAAGAAGACAAGGAUAAAAUUAGAGAAAAAAUAUUUAAAUUUUUGGAGGAAAGAGGAGUUGUAUGGAAGAGGAUAUUGGAAGAUGUCAUCACUAACUGCAGAAACAAGAGUAAGCAGUGUCCAGCUUUUAAGCUUGGAGAGACUUGUAAGAGUUAUAAAGAGGACGACUCUGAAGAGCAGACUUGCCCAUUUCUUCAUGUUCCUCUCAAUCCCAAGAAAUUUGAUUUGCUCACUGAAUACGACAUGCUAGCAAUUGAACUAGAAGACUACAUUCAUCAUGGAGCUGAAGAUGUCAGAAAUAAGGAACCCGAUUUUGAUAAAGAGGCACGCUUUAUUUCUAAUGAGUUGGACAAAAGGUACAAGGCAUGCAAUUGGUUACUGGAGGACCUUAUUCCAAAGGAGUAUCACAAUGCUCUUAUAUCUUCAGACCCUGAAAUGGCUAGAGAUCUGAUGAGAAAGCUGAGAUAUUCUAAAUUGUCUAGUAUGUAUGUCAAAAAAAGAAUGGUACUCUAUCUUAAAAGUCUAUAUGAUGAAAUGGAAGAAAAUGAGAGAAAAGAUAACAUCAAAGUAUUUGUGAUGACCUGCUUUGUCAAUCAUUUGUUAAAUCUGGAAAUGAAGCCUAAACUUGAUGAUGUCAUGUUAAAAUUCGAAGACUCAAUGAAUAGGGAAUGCUCUAGAAAAGAAGGUAGGCGAAAUACAGAAUGGACAAUGAAACAUGGGCUGAUGAUAGAUGAAAGUGAUGGAAAAUUUUAUGUCCGCUCAAUAGCUAGAAGGUUUUGUGAUGGAUAUGGUCAGAUAACCGGAAUGAACAAUGAUCCCUCAGAGGCUCUGAUACAAUUCACAAAGUUUUGUGCUCUGUUGAGCAAUACUAAUAGUGUUGAGGUCCUUCCCCAUUUAAACCAGCUCGUGUUGUGGAUGGAAUACUUCAUUACAGUUGCCUUUUGUCUGACUGCCAAAGUACAAAAUACGCCCAACUUCUUCUUUGUGAUUCCAGAGUCUUACACUGCAGUAAUCUAUUUUAUAGAUGCAACGUUUGUUCAGGAGAGAGGAAUACCAACAUUUGAAGCUGUACAGAGACAUAGCAUGCGAAAUACUGUUCCAAACAACAAGCUGAUACAGGAACGUUUAAAAAAACUGAUUGAAAUUCUUUGUGGAGUUACCAGUAGCACAAAAAUAAACCUCCUUAGCCACAUUUUUCAGUCUAACCACCCUAAUGCAUCCAUUGAUCAUAGAGACUAUGGCAUUGCAGAAAGGCUACUUGUUCUAGUCCUUGUGCUGGUUUGCAAUCUAGGUAAAAGUGUAUAUCCAGUAGUGGAAACCAAACUGAUGAGUGAGUUGUGUAAGAUCAAUGUUGGGGAGGAAUACCCUAGCAGGCUGUCAGAAGCUCUAAAGUCUGUACAGCGAGCAGAAUCUCCUGCAGACGUUGCAAGAGCACUCCAGAUUCUGCUUUUAAAGAGGGAAAACGACUCUCUUUGGUAUUGUAUUUGGGAUAAUUUUGAUAGAAGAAAUGGACUGCGAAAACGAAAGCUGAAGGCCAUGGAGCUCAGCAAUAGGUUUUUCCUGGAAGAGGAGACAUUUCAGGGUAUGAACAUCCCUCAUGAUAUUGUGUCCAGUAAAGUAAGGACAGAGAUAGACGAAGAUGAUGAGAUGGAUACCCCAAUCACAUUGGAGGAGAAAAUGGAGAUUGACAGAAUAAAAAUGGAGAAAAAGAGAAAUGAUGAUAAAAAUGAAGCAAGCAGGAAAAUCACAAAGUUCUUGGGAAGAAUUGUGUUCCAAUCAAGAGUGCAGAAUCUGUCUACGCGAGUUGUACGUCAAUUAUGCAAAGAAAAGAGAGUUGAGGAAAUGAAAAUUUUUGAAUCGAUGCGGAUAACUUACAAAGGAUGUGGCAUUUGUGGUGUGCAGUUUAAAGAAAAGGCCACUGGUUGUUUGUUAAAUACGGACGAACAAACUUCUGAUGAUUCUGAAUUCGCUUUGUUGCCUCAAAAAUUCUCAAUGUUUAUGUUACGGAAAUGUCUAGAAUCCCAAGAAGUACACGGAAAAAGUGAAAAGCACAAGGAAAUGGUCAAUUAUUACCAACAUUUUCAACAUAAGUACAUGCAAGAGAUUUUUGAUCCUCUUGGUGAAGUACGGAGCUUCAUACAACGUUAUAAACUUGGAACAGCAGAAUUUGUAGAAAAGAACUUUAAGGAAGAGACUUACAACAUUGGAAUUCUACGUAGAAAAAGGGAAUCCAUGGAAAAUAAAAUAGAAAAUAUUAUAAAAGGAUGUGAGUGGCAAAAUGAGGAAAUUUGGGGGGAAGUGCAGGAGCUGAUUGGUUCCUACCACUUGAUCAAAGACUAUGUGGAGACUGAAGCACGUAAGAGAAAAGAGAGAUCAGAAAAACAGAGGGAGGUUGUUGAUAAAACUAAAGAAAGGCGACCCAAAGGACGGGGGAAGAGAAAAAGUCAAAGACGAUGAUAAGUCACCCACUGGAAUCUGAGAGUUGUAAAUGUUAGUAGAGUCUAAAUAGACUUAAUGUUUUCUCCUUUGUUUUAAAAUUAAAUUAUGCUUCUGUUUAUGAUACAUAUGAACGUUUCAUUAUUAAAUACUGGUACUCAUUGUAAAUAUGUAAUACAUGAAUUGUUUGUUGUUCAUAUUUGUUCAGUGGUUCAAGCCCAGAAGACAAUGUAGUUAUAUUUUUAAUUUCAUUCAACCAUAACAAAGCAACUGUUAUAAAGCAAAUGCAUUGAAUGAGAAUUAUUUUUGUAAGUGGGUUGUAUAUGUUUUUUAUCUAUUUGUUUAUACGUUUGUGUGUUUACAAUAUUGAUUAAGUGGUUUAUAUACCAAUUUCUAUUUUUAUUUUUUGUGUAAGGUUUUAAGCACACCUGAGCUGAAAGCUCAAGUGAGCUUUUCUGUUCACACUUUGUCUGUCGUCCGUCUGUCUGUCCGUAAACUUUUUUACAUUUUCAACAUCUUCUCAAGAACUACUGGGAUAAUUUCAACCAAACUUAGCACAAAUCACUCUAAGGUGAAGGGGAUUCAAAGUUGUGAAAAUCAAGGGCCACGCCCUUUUUCAAGGGGAUAUAAUUUAAAAUUAUUGAAAAAUUUUGAGAAAUUUUCAAAAAUCUUCUUCUCAAGAACCAUUUGGACAGGAAAGCUGAAACUUGUGUGGAAGCAUCCUCAGGUAGUGUAGGUUCAAAGAUGUGAAAAUUAUGACACCCGGGGGUAGGGUGGGGCCACAAUGGGAGGUCAAAGUUUACAUAGAAAUAUAUAGAAUAAAUCUUUUCUUCUCAGAAACUAAUCAGCCAGGAAAGCUGAAACUUGCAUG